AUGGCUACUUCAGAGUUACCAGCUCUCAGAACCAGCCCCAAGGUUAUCGUCUUCACUGACUGGGAUGGAACUGUUACUUUACAGGAUUCCAACGAUUAUCUUACCGAUGAAUUGGGGUUUGGUGUCCAGCGUAGAAGAGAGAUUAAUCAAGAUAUUUUGGAAGGUAAGACUUCCUUUAGAGAUGGAUUUCACGAAAUGCUCGAGUCUAUCCACACUCCUUUCCCCGAGUGUAUUGAUUUCCUUUUAAAACAUGUUCAGCUUGAUCCUGGGUUUGUUGAUUUUUAUCAAUGGGCACGUGCAAAUAACGUUCCCGUAGUGAUUGUUUCAAGUGGAAUGAAACCAAUUAUCUUCGCUUUAUUGACGAAACUCGUCGGAGAGCAAGCUGCCAGCGAAAUAGAAAUCGUUUCCAAUGAUGUUAAAAUCAAUGAUGAUGGUUCAUGGCACAUCGUUUACAGAGACGAAUCAAGCUUUGGUCAUGACAAGUCGCGCGCUAUUAGGCCCUACGCUGAUUUGGAGAAGGCAAAACGUCCUGUUCUGUUGUACUGUGGUGACGGCGUCUCUGAUCUGUCUGCAGCUAAAGAGACGGAUUUACUUUUUGCCAAGGAGGGUAGAGAUCUCAUCACCUACUGUGAAAGAGAGCACAUCCCAUAUUCUGUAUUCAAGUCAUUUAAAGAUAUUCACGUGGGAACGCAAGAAAUUUUUGAAGGAAAGAGAUCUGUUUAG